CCCUCGCACACGAAUCCCGAGCGCGCGCGACCGCACCUCAUCAGUCGUAAUCGAUCGCGUGUCCUAAACGUUAAGUACACACUUACCGUGCCCGGUACACACCGCGCUCAUCGGGUUCGUCGCGUACUCGCGCGUUUACGUGCACACACGGAUGUCGGCAAACGCACGCACGACGCGCGGCUUACGCACGCACACAAACCCGUCCGUCGCACCUCGGCGCAGGAAUCAUUACUUUGUUUUUUAAAUUUAUUAACGCGUACGCGCGUAAACGUCCCCGUACGCGUACCGGCUUGGCCGCUCGUCAACGGUAUCGCGCGCGCGCCGAACACCGUCAACGCGUUCCCGUCCGCGGUGGUCGACCGUCUCGAGUCGAAAAACGCGCGCGUCCGUCUCUCACCGUUCGCCGCGAUCAGUUCGGGGCACCGCCGUCCGGCUCGAACAGACCGCUGACGCGCCCGUCCACGCACACCUAUGUUGCACGCGGACGACGAUGCCCGUCCGCAGUGCCUGAAUCCAGUUCGGACACCGUCGGUACCGGUCCGGGCGCGCGACGGUCACGCAGAGGAAUGCGCGCGGCGACGGUCCGGGCGACGACGACGACGACGUGAGAACCGUGUGACGACGGCCGACGAAAAAUGAACGAGCCGGUGACCGUGUGCAGCAGACAACAGGGUACCGCGUACCACCACGGGGGCAUCAUGCCCGUGCAGUGCAACGGCGGCGACGAGUGCGCCGCCGAGCCGCCGCAACCGGCCAACGCGUUGGCCGGUUCGUGGACCGCGUACGGCCAUCAGGCGGCGGCCGUCGCCGCCGCGGGUUACCACCAUCACCAUCACCACAACCAUCACGUACAGCAGCAGCAGCAGCACCAGCAGCAGCAUCAGCAACAGCAUCAGCAACAGCAGCAACAACAGCAGCAGCAUAUGCAGCUGCAGCAACAGGAUCAUCAUCUUCAACAUCAUCCGCACGGGAUGUCCGUCGUGCCGCCCCAACCGUUGUUGCACCAUCACCAUCACCAUCAACCGGCCGCGGACGGUGGCGGUUACGCGGUCUGGCCGACGGUCGUCUACAACAAACGCCGGCCGUCGUAUCCGGACGAGCUGGUGUACCAUCACGCGCACCACGUGCCACCGCCACCGCCCCCGCCACCGCCGCCGCCGCCGCCGCCGCCGCCACCGUCUUCGCACCAUCAACCCGCGGGCGCCGCGACCACGGCCACUUUGCAGGCCGUCGCGGCCUACAACCCGGUGGCCACGUCCACCGCGACGGCCACGUGCUUGUCGCCCGGCACGUCUCUGGACGAACCGUCGUCCGCGGCCGCGGCCGCUUACCAGACAGCCAACGAUUACAAGUAUUGGCCGCCCGUCCAACACCAGACGUCGCCCACCGGUACCGGACGCGUGAGCCCGUACGGUUGGAUGAAAAGGGUCGAGUACCAGGACCGUCCGCAACCAGGUAGAACACGCACGAAAGAUAAAUACAGGGUUGUAUACACCGACUUGCAGCGUUUGGAGCUCGAAAAAGAAUUCCACUUUAACCGGUACAUCACAAUUACAAGAAAAACGGAGCUCUCCAAAAUGUUAAAUCUUUCCGAAAGACAAGUGAAAAUAUGGUUUCAAAAUAGACGGGCUAAGCAACGUAAAAUCGACAAGAAGAGAGAAGAAACCAUAGUCAACGAUAGCUCGAAACAGCUGAUUCAGACGCCUAUUGAUUCGAAUUACUCAAUCGAAAGCUGCUCUCCUCUGUAAGCGAUUUGCUCAACGACGUAAUUGCAGUGAAUAGAUUUAAUCAAAUUAGUAUAACGUUCUGUCGAUGUUUGUGUAAAUAAUUAAUAUAGUAAUAAAAAACUUCGGAUGAAUACUAGCAGAAAUUAUUUGUUUAAGUCGCCUCCGUGUAAAAACCAGAAUAUGAUUAUUUAUUUUAAACAUAUAAAAUAUAAUUAACGUUAUAUUUUUAUUUUAGCUAAUUUUCGUACGCUUACCAUUCAAAUUUUUGAUUUUU